CAGAGCAGUGUAUUGUGACACCCAGAUCCCUGUCCUGAGUUCAUACAGUUAAAUUAGAACAUUGUUGCGUGUUUGAGGCAUUCAAGUUUUUUCCUCCAAUAGGUAUACAUGUUGCAGUAAUUGACAUCAAAGUUCAUCUUCCAUCAUGCUGCCCACUCUCUGGCUUGAUUGGCUUUCUAUAUAUGUAAUAACUAUAAUAUCUUUACUGUUUUAGUUCCUAUAAGCAUGUAACCCACCACUCUGUACUUCUCUCUCUUCACAGGUGUCUUGAGUAUUUCUGAGCCUGUUAGACCCAUCGAGCAACUCAUGGCAGGCAUGAACCUCACUCCCUCUGACCCUUCAAUUUUCAUCCUAACAGGAAUCUCUGGCCUGGAAACUGCCCACGAAUGGAUUUCAAUCCCCUUCUCUAUAUCCUACAUUAUCAGCCUGCUGGGAAAUUUCACGCUUCUGUUUGUUGUAGGCAAAGAGCAGACCCUGCACAAGCCAAUGUAUCUGCUGCUCUGCAUGCUGGCACUCACAGACAUUGCCACGUCUACCGCCAUCGUGCCAAAGUCACUGUGUAUAUUUUGGUUCAAUUUGAAAGGCAUUACUGUGGGUGGCUGCCUCACCCAGAUGUUCUUUCUUCACAUGAUUUCUAUUAUGAACUCUGCUAUCCUUGUGACAAUGGCCAUUGAUCGCUACGUUGCCAUAUGUAACCCUCUGAGAUACACCAUUUUCCUCACCAAUGCAAGAAUAGCUAAGCUCGGGCUAGUCGGUUUGGUAAGAGCUGUUCUCUUCUCUCUGCCCAUGCCUCUGCUCCUGAGAAGGCUGCCAUUCUGUGCUAACCGCAUUAUCUCCACCACAUUCUGCGAGCACAUAGCUGUGGCGAAGAUUUCGUGUGGGGACAUAAUAGUCAACAAGAUGUAUGGCUUGGUGAUAUUGUUUCUAGUCACGGUAUUAGAUCUGACACUCAUUGUCCUGUCCUAUGGUCUAAUCAUCAGGGCCGUCUUCAGAAUCUCCUCGAAGAAAGCCAACGAAAAAGCCCUCAACACUUGUACAGCCCACAUAUUUGUGAUGCUGAUGUAUUAUCUUCCCGGUCUCUUCUCCAACCUGACACACCGGUUUGGUCGGGGCAUCGCUCCCCACAUUCACGUCAUCUUGAGCAACCUCUAUCUUCUUGUUCCUCCCAUGCUCAACCCUAUCAUUUAUGGGGUCAAAACCAAAGAGCUUCGUGACAAAGUUGGCAAAUACACCUGCAGAGGUUAAUUGCUGGGGGGCCACUGCUUUGAAACCUGUGUGACAAGAGGGGAAAGGAGAUUUCCUCGUUAAUCAAGGGUACCCUGUCCCAGUUUGGCUGAGGUCAGCAUUAUGCAAGUUCACAGUUUGAGAAAUUCCUCCCACCUAAUGUCUUCUCACUCUAUCGCCAAACACUGCUCUCCCCAUUGCUUAGUUCCCUCUCUCUGACCAUCACCUGACCUCAGAAAGUAGAAUGUGAAUU